CCUAAUGGGGCCUUACUCCUUAAACGCGAACCUCAAAUCUCAUUCGAAAGUCCACUGAACGCUCCCUCCUCCUUUUUCUCAUUUCAAUCAUCAGUAGCCUUCGCCCCAUUGAAGGAGGAGUUGUGACCAUCGAGCUAAAUGCUCAGACUCCAUGUCCACUGCUCCUUACUAGUUCCCUGUGCCGAGCCAGUCAAGUUCGGUAGCAUCGAUGGUUCCUGGGUCGUUUGGAGUGGUAGAUCCCGGAGACUGCUCCGAGGGGUACUGGCAAAGGCAUUGAAGGACGAGACUGAUGGUACUGGUGGAACCAGGGGCCUGCCCGGUAGGAGCUGGGACCCAGGGCUCGAGAUUGAGGUCCCCUUCGAACAACGACCUAUUAAUGAGUAUUCCGCCCUAAAAGAUGGUCCCCUGUGCUCGUGGGGCGACCUGGGAACUGGGGAGUUCUUUCUCCGCCUCGGAGGCCUCUGGCUCAUGACUUUUACGGUUCUGGGAGUGCCAAUAGCUGCUGCAAGCUUCAAUCCUUCCAAAGAACCACUGAGAUUUGUGCUUGCUGCAGGCACGGGGACGCUUUUUCUCGUCUCCUUAAUCGUCUUACGAAUUUAUCUGGGAUGGAGCUACAUCGGUGAUAGACUUCUGUCAGCAGUGAUUCCAUACGAAGAGAGUGGAUGGUACGACGGGCAAAUGUGGGUAAAGCCAUCCGAGGUCCUGGCUCGUGACAGAUUGCUCGGCUCUUACAAGGUUAAACCGGUGGUGAAACUUCUGAAACGGACUCUCGUCGGGACAGGAGCAUUGCUGGUUUCUGCUGUCAUGCUAUUCGUCUUUGCGACUCCAGUCGAGGAUUUUAUCAGAACUAGUUUCGCCUCAAAGGAGAGCACAUCUGAAGUCGCAGCCUCAAAACCCAACUCAAAGCUCAAUAUAAGGAAAGAGGAGUUACUUAGACUGCCAGUGGAGGUGAAGUCCGAUGACGAUCUUGCAGCAGCUGCUGCUGAAGCUGCCGAUGGCAGGCCUGUUUACUGCCGAGACAGGUACUAUCGCGCUUUAGCAGGUGGACAGUACUGCAAGUGGGAGGAUCUUAUCAAGUAAAGAAUGCCAUAAAUUAACUUUCAUACCGCUGUUGGAAUUUUUGAAGAUUUCACAGUUCAGUUGUAUCAGUGGAUCAAAUCAUUUACUCAUAAUUGUCGUUUUCAUGACGUUUAUUGUCUCAAUGGAAUGCAUUCCAUGCUGCUCUGAAAGAGUGCAUACGUCGAAUUUAAA